CAAUGGCCAAUGGCCUUACCGUAGAUUUUGUCGUAUUUUGGGGACAAUAACGACAUUCUAAAUUGUCGCCUACGGUAAUAUAUCGUCUUUUCUGGUUCCUUUCCUCCUACGUUAGAUGAGAAUCUGUAAUCAUCAAUCAAUACACAGUAGCGAGAGACGAGCUUUUUUUUUUUUUUUUUUUUUUGAAAAAGGUCAAUUGAGAGAAGAUAGAGAAGUGAUCUAUCUCGUUUCGGAGUCCUUGCGAUUAAGAAAUGGGUCUAUGGGAAGCUUUUCUCAAUUGGCUUAGGAGAAAAUAUGACUAGUUGAAUAGCAGUUCAAAAUUAAUUAUCUCAAGUGUCGAGCUGAUGAAAAUUCUGUGCUCCAUCCGCUAACCAGCUAUAGGACUAUGAAAUAAUGCUUCAUUCUCUUUUGGCCCUGCUCGUCAUAAGGGGAACUUCCGGUCAACUCUACUGGUCCUAGUGGGCCAGUCUAACCUUAUGGUGAAGUUGGGGAGGAUGUCAUCAUAGUUCUCCCAUUCUUAUUGACAUGUCGUCUGAAUCUACUUAUAUAAGGCUUCUGUCACAAAUGUCCGGGUGACUCUCGAAACAGAGUCUGUGUCUAUAGGGGAGUGCUUUAAAUUUCAAGAAUUUGUGGUUCAGAGAAGCUUUUAUAACCAAAUAUAUCUCAGUUAACUGCAUCGUUAUCCUUGUCAAAUGAAAAUUAUCAAAUUGAUGGACUUGCACAAUUGUUUAUAUGGUACAGCCUUUUCUUCAAGCAAGAAAUGGAGCUUUCUUUGAUAGGUCUUCAAAAUGCUGGGAAAACUUCACUUGUAAAUGUUGUCGCUACUGGUGGAUACAGUGAAGACAUGAUCCCUACGGUGGGAUUUAAUAUGCGGAAGGUCACCAAAGGGAAUGUCACAAUAAAGUUGUGGGAUCUUGGAGGUCAACCCAGAUUCCGGAGCAUGUGGGAGAGAUAUUGUCGUGCAGUUUCUGCUAUUGUUUACGUUGUUGACGCUGCUGAUCCUGACAAUAUCAGCAUCUCCAAAAGUGAACUUCACGAUCUGCUUAGCAAACCAUCACUCAGUGGUAUUCCUCUGCUGGUAUUAGGAAACAAGAUCGACAAACCUCAAGCUCUAUCUAAGCAGGCUUUGACUGAUCAAAUGGGUUUGAAAUCUAUCACUGAUAGAGAGGUCUGCUGCUUUAUGAUCUCGUGCAAGAAUUCAACAAACAUUGACCAGGUUAUUGACUGGCUAGUUAAGCAUUCUAAAUCGAAGAGUUAAGGAUGCGUCUCUGGAUUCUAAUAAUUUCAAGAAAGUUUUGUGGAGAUGAAUUUCCCUGAUGGUUGUCGACGAUAGAGUACCCUAGUCAUUGUGAUUAAUUGGCUUUGUACUUCAUUCAAGUUGGUUUUGUAUGUAAAUUUAACUUAUAUUUGUUUAAGCUUUAAUAACAAUUGACGUUUUUGUAGCGGGUUGGUUAUAGUAUUUGUUUACCACUCUAUUUGGUGUUAA